UUGAAUACGAAUAUAACGUUUUGCAGAAACUUAUCGUGCUUGAAGAAAAGAUGAAACAACAAAAGGAGACAAACAAUGCUUUAAGAAAUGAAUUAAGCGAUGCAAGAGAAAUGAUAACUGGAAUGAAGAAAAAAUUGAUCAGAGCCGAAAGAUCAUUUGACGGGUCAACAUAUACCCGUUGGGGUAGGACCAUUUGUCCUAAAGGAGCCUUUCUCGUUUAUGACGGUUACGUCGCUGGUGGUCACUAUACCCACAAAGGUUCUGGUUCAAACUACAUGUGCUUGCCGAAAGAUCCUACCUGGAGUCAAUACAUAGAUGGAUUCCAAUCAGCCGACAGAAUAUACGGAGCUGAAUACCACACCGGCGAUUACCCAUACUGGAAACAUCUACAUUACCAAGACGUGCCUUGUGCAGUUUGCAGAAUCCCUAGGAAUAAUGUACUUAUGAUUCCUGGAAGAAGCGUCUGUUACAAGGGUUAUGUUCUGGAGUACAGUGGUUAUCUUAUGGCUGGUCACUUCUCACAUGCUGGAUCAUCGGAAUAUGUUUGUGUUGAUGAAAAGCCAGAAGCAUUGGAAGCUGGGAAUGGUGCCAAAGAUGAAAAAUAUUUCUUUUUCGUCCAGGCUGCAUGCGGGGUACUGAAGUGUCCACCAUAUGAAAACACUAGAGAACUCACAUGUGCUGUAUGUUCAUUUUUCCCGGCUGAUAAGAAUGAAACAAUUGCUUGAUUUAUAUAA